AAAUAUAUUUUUUAAAGUGACUUGGACCAUUCUUCAUUUUUUGGUCAUUGAUUUUCUAUAACAGGCACAAAAGAAAAAAAAAUUGAAACCUUUUAACCCUGAAUAACCAUCAAGAAUCCAGCUUUUGCUAUUCUCUUUCUGAAGAUUCUGUUUACUGGUAUAAACCUCCUUGAAUCCAUGGGGAAUGGAGAAUCAAACUUUGAUUAUCCUCGUGAUGAUAUUUCGCAACAACCCACUUAUUAUUCAGGAAGUUCAAUGGAUGAUUACUAUCAUCAAGGGGAGCAACCACAGCAAACCACUUCUAGUGCAGGAAGUUCAAUUGAUCAUCAUUAUCAACACAGGCAUGAACAACCUGCUUCUUUUUCAGGAAGUUCCAUGGAUAAUAAUUAUCAACACAGCAAGCAUCCAACGUAUAUAGCUGACAAUUUCAAUUCUCUAGAUCAGGUUAUUUCUGCAUUAAGAGAUGCUGGUCUUGAAUCUUCAAAUUUAAUUCUUGGUAUUGAUUUCACAAAGAGUAAUGAGUGGACAGGCAGGCAUUCAUUUCAUCGUAAAAGCCUCCAUGCGAUUGGGAGCACACCAAACCCCUAUGAACAAGCAAUCUCUAUCAUUGGCCGUACUUUGUCACCUUUCGAUGAAGAUAAUUUAAUACCUUGUUUUGGAUUCGGAGAUGCAACAACACAUGAUAAAUAUGUUUUCAGCUUUUAUCCGGAUCAUCGACAGUGUCAUGGUUUUGAGGAAGCUCUUGCCCGAUAUAGAGAGAUUGUUCCAUAUUUAAAGCUGUCAGGUCCAACUGCAUUUGCUCCAAUUAUUGAUGCAGCAAUUGACAUUGUAGAAAACAGCAGUGGACAGUACCAUGUCCUUGUUAUCAUUGCUGAUGGGCAGGUUACUAGGAGUCCUGAUACUCCACUUGGGAGCUACAGUCCGCAAGAGCAAGCAACUGUGAACUCCAUUGUUGCUGCUAGCCAAUAUCCUCUCUCAAUAAUUUUGAUUGGAGUUGGGGAUGGACCAUGGGAUGCAAUGCAGCAAUUUGAUGAUAACAUUCCUCAACGUGCGUUUGAUAACUUCCAGUUUGUUAACUUUACUAAAAUCAUGUCUGAGAACACACAAACAUCAAAGAAAGAAGCAGCCUUCGCACUUGCUGCCUUAAUGGAAAUUCCAUUCCAAUACAGAGCGACUCAAAGGCUUCAUUACAUCAAAGAAUCAAGUCUCGCUCAAAUGAGGUCCCAUCCUCGUACAAGGCCACUUCCUCCUCCACGUGAAGUCGUUGAUCAUGAUAAUGCAGUUAAAUCAAUCCCAACCAUGAGAACAUUUGAUGCAGCUGAACCUACAGCUCCAGUAGAACCUGUGUGCCCCAUUUGCUUGACAAACCCAAAAGACAUGGCAUUUGGAUGCGGUCAUAUGACUUGCAAGGAUUGUGCUGCAACCAUUUCGACUUGUCCUUUGUGCCGAGAGCCUAUAACGACACGCCUAAGACUAUACACUUGAGGCACGAAGAUGCUCUUGCUUGUUGAUUAGGGAAGAAUAAAGAGAAGUGAUGGCAUUGGUUCAUGAAACCAUGUAUUAUUACCAGUUCAUUAGGUUUAUUGAGAGGUAUAAGAUGCUUUGUGUAAUAAUUUUAUUUUUAUUUUUUUUGGCAGAAUGGCAAUCAGCCAUAAAUUGUAUAUAAGUUUUCUUGUGGGUUUUGUUUCAAUAAAUUCUUUAUGAUGUAAUAUGUACUCCCAAGUAUCAUCAAGACCGAUCAUUUUUACACUGCCAAAUAAUUUGGAACUUUUUAAGA